UUAAUAAAAUGAUUUUUCAGGAUCUGGAGAAGCUCACAGAAUUAUAUCAGAUCUAUCAAUGUAAAGAAGGAAAGAAGCGGGAAAACCAGGAGAAGAAUCGCAACCCCGAUAUCCUUCCAGGUGAUCACUGGCGUCCGGCGCUGAUGUCCGCACUGAACACCCGGGGGGCUCCCGGAUACAUCAACGCUGUGUUUGUGACUUCCAACAGCAAGGAAGAAGUCCUGAUCGCCACCCAACUACCCAUGAAGCAGACGUUGGCCGAUUUCUGGGCGCUGGUCUGGGAUUAUAAAUGUAACGUGAUGGUGAUGAUGCAGAGAGCUCAGGACCUGCAAGAGAACGGUUGCCGGUUCUUCCCAGAUAAAGGAGAGACCGGUUAUGGGAUAUACAAGGUCAGGAUGACCGCAAGGGCUUCUAGGAACGGAUUUCACAGGCUUAACGCUCAGCUGAGGAAGACUAACGAGACCUAUAACAACAGCAUGGAGGUGAAGCUGUGGUGCUUGGACUCCUGGCCCCUGGGCAAACCUCUCCCAGAGAACCCGGCGGCUGUCAUCAGUCUGAUUGGAGAGGUGGAGAAGCACCAGAUGACGGCGCCUGAAAGUCACAUCCUGGUGACCUGCUGUAAUGGAGCGAGCCGCUCGGGUCUCUUCUGCGCUGGAAUCAUACUCUGCGAGCAGAUCCGCAGUGACGGCUGUCUAGAUGUGUCGUCAGGCCGUGCGUUCCCUCCGGAGGAGACGAUGCCAGUUCAUUCCCAAUGUGGAACAAUACUCCUUCUGCUACACUCUGGCUCAGAGUUAUCUCGAUUCCUUUGAAACCUACGGAACUUCAAAUAACAAA